AUGAUGGGCUACGGGGGUCCACCCUUUCAUCCUUCCCAGCAGCAACAGCAACCGCAACAGCCACAUCAGCCGUCUCAAGCCCAGCAUCCCCUGGGUCCCCAGCGUCAGCAUGUUCCCUCGCCUUCGCUAGGCGCUGCGCCGAAUCUCCCACAACAUGGAAGUCCCUUUCCUAGUACUAAGCCGCUGUUCCGGGCGCAACCACAGCAGAGUUUCACAUCCGCGCAAUCCCCCGAUCUCCGUAAGAUGGCUCCCACGUCUACCGGCCCAUUAGCGGGGUAUCCCACUACGACUAGCUUUGCAGCACAGUACACUGGCCAUUUUGGUACACAGGGCUCGCCUGAUUUGAUGACACGAAAUCCCGAUCCCAUGGCUUUACAAAAUAUACAAAGAGGAGGAUAUGGUCCAAUUGCGCACCUGCGACCGCAACCUGGAAUGAGUCCUGGUAUGAGUCCACCAACCGCCAUGCCACAUUCUCACACAACCAGUGUGUCAUCACCGCAACAAUCGCUGAACAGACUCUCCCAAGCAGGUCUGCAUCAGCGAGAUAGUUAUCCAACUGCUAGCCCAUCUAUGGCUAGCCCCUCUAUGUUUGCCAUGAAUCAGCAGCAGAGGCAGCCUCAGUCCCAACCCCAGUCACCCCAACAAGCUCAACAGCAGCUGCAAAGACAACAGCAAUACCAACAGCAGCAGCAACAGCAGCAGCAACAACAUCAUCAGGAGCGGUUCCAGCAGCAACAACGAAUGGAGCAACAGAAGCAGCUUCAACAACAGCAGCAGCAGCAGCAGCAGCAGCAGCAGCAGCAGCGUCUGGAGCAACAGCAACAAUUGGAGCAACAAAAGCUAGAACAACAGAAACGUCUCGAGCAGCAGCAACAACAACAGCAGCAGCGCCUCGAGCAGCAACGACUUGAGCAACAACGACUCGAACAACAACAGAGGCAACACCAGCAACAGCAACUGUUGGAAACCCAAAGGUUGGAGCAGCAACAAAAGGAAAGACUUGAGCAACAGAGAUUGCAAAAGUUGAAACAACAAACCCAGGCUCAGCCUUCCUAUCAGCAACAACAGGCAUCUCCAUUUAUACCACAUGCUCAGUCUCCGUUUCAUCAGUACCAACCAUCAGGCCAAUACACUCAACAGCAGUCCGUUCAAUUCCCCCAGUCAUCGCAGCAAGCCCAGUUUUCUUCAACACAGCCAACUCCUCAGUUUCAACACUACCAACCGCGGUCACAAUCUUCCACAGACACGGCGGCUCGUUCAUCCUCAUCUGUUGUGCAGCCCGGAUCGACAGCCACCUCAGGAAAUUCAGCUGUUAAGGUGAAGUCUGAGAGUCCUGCUCCGAAAAAGAAGGCCAAACCUCGACCUUCUAAUGUGGCUCAACCUCAAGUGGCACAGGCUCAAUCGCAGCAGAAUGCACCUGGGUCUGCACCAUCUUCCACUCCAGUUCAAUCCAAUGGCCAGGGGCAGAUAGCCACUGGAAACCCACCUGAGACUCCAACCCCCCGCCGCAAACGAGGGCGUCCACGGAAGGAGGAGGCUGCGGCCAGGGCAGCUCAAGCUGCCGCCCAAGCGGCUCAAUCUGGUCAGCCUAUUCCAGGAUCCCACCCUGGACAAGCAUCUUUUAAUCCCAAUAUGACACCAACUGCUCCUGGUUCGGGCUUGGCACCUGGGUCUGCCUCUACGCUUACCCCCAUUAUUGGUCCUGACGGGACCCCACUCCCCCUGAAGCGGAAACGUGGCCGCCCUCGCAAGGCUGAUCAGAUUGCUUGGGCGAUGGCAACCGGCCAGCCAUUGCCAGUCCCGAAACCUCGGAAACCAGCUGCCCCUAGAGAAAAGAAGCCCAAACCGCCCGGCACUGGUCGCCCUCGUGGCAGGCCUCGCAAAGCAGAUGUAGCUGCCGCCGCUGCUGCUGCUGCUGCUGCUGCUGGUGAGGCAGGUGGAGCAGGUGGUGACUCGGCUCAGACAGAUAAUAAGCCCAGUACAGGCGACAAUGCGGAUUUGAAUCAGGCUCACAAGCGCCCGGCAACUACUGGAGAUAAUGAUCCAAGCAAGCGACCCUGCCCAACCCCUCCAUUCCACCAGCAAGGCCAGAACUUAUCCCACCAACAGGGUCAGCAGCUCGCUGGCCAGAACCAGGCUCUUCCCCAGUCCACACAUCAAAUGCCGGGGCAGCAGAUGCCGAGUCAGCAGAUGUCGGCUCACCAGAUGUCAGGUCAACAAAUUUCGGGUCAGCAAAUGUCGGGUCAGCAAAUUUCGGGUCAACAAAUGUCAGGUCAACAGAUGCCGGGUCAACAAAUGCCUGGUCAGCAACAUCAUAUGCAGCCACAAAUUCAGCACAUGACGACUCAGGCAGGUCAUCAACAUGUCCUCCAACCGCAACAACAGCAGCUUCCCCCUCAACCUGGCCAGCCAUUGUCAAUGCCUCACAUGCGUAUGCACCAGCAGUCGCCUGCUCACCAACCACAAUCCUCACCCGCGCAUGGCUUCAUGCCAAUGCCUCCUAUGCAACAUCUUCAGCCCCAACAAUCCCUCCAUGGUCACCCUCAGCCUCAGCUUCAAGGGCAACCUCAGCUCCAUGGAACUCGACCUCCUGCCCGACCAGCACCACAACAUCAGCAUCAGCAUACAUUCCAGAUUCAGCUUCAGCCUCAGCCGACAUGA